CCCUCCAGUACGAGGUGUAAUUUGAGAUGGACACGAAGGACCGGUCCACACACACACACACACACUCCACACUGAGGACAUUUUCAACUGCGUCCGUAGGGAGCUACUGUGUGUUUGCUGAUCCUCUUAGCCAUAGUUUGCAAUGUUGGCAACAUUAUACUGGCGCUACAUAUGAAAGUGGUGAGGUGUGAUGGGAAACGAAUGGAAGAUGCCGUUAGGUAUGAGACCACCUGCAACUCUUUUCCAGCUCAUGAUGUUGUUUGCACUCGUAUUCCUGGUUUCCGAGGCACGAUUAUUCACAAACCACUGGGCAGUGAGAAUUACUGGAGGACCAGAAAAUGCAGAUCAGGUUGCUGAGAAGUAUGGAUUUCUGAAUAUUGGACAGAUUGGAGGUCUGAAGGACCACUACCAUUUCCUGCACCCAAGAACCAUCAAACGUUCCACUGUAGCAAGCAAAGGGAAGCAUAGCCUCAUUGCCACAGAGAGCAAGGUGCACUGGAUCCAGCAGCAGACGCUUCACAGGAGGGUGAAACGAAUCAGCAGAAUCACCGAGACCCACUUCAGCAGCUUUAAUGACCCAAAAUGGGACAACAUGUGGUACAUUCGCUGUGAUCAGAACUGCCCGACUGACAUGAACAUUAAAGCUGCAUGGAGCCGAGGCUAUACCGGGAAAGGUGUUGUGGUCUCUAUUUUGGACGAUGGUGUGGAGAAGCAACACCCAGACCUAAAGCAAAACUACGAUGCACAAGCAAGCCAUGAUGUUAAUGGGAACGACGCUGACCCAACACCACGAUAUGAUGCAACAAAUGAAAACAGACAUGGAACUAGAUGUGCUGGAGUGGUGGCUGCUACUGCUAACAACUCGCUGUGCACUGUUGGAAUUGCUUACAAUGCCAGGAUUGGUGGUGUCCGUAUGUUGGAUGGUGACAUGACGGACAUGGUGGAGGCCAAAUCCCUGAGCCUGAGACAGCAGUACAUUGACAUUUACAGUUCAAGCUGGGGGCCAGAGGAUGAUGGUGGAACUGUGGAUGGUCCCGGACGCCUUGCUGGCCUUGCUUUAGAAAACGGCAUACGUAAAGGUAGGAAUGGUCGUGGUUCCAUCUUUGUCUGGGCAUCAGGAAAUGGUGGAAGAAAUCAGGACCACUGUUCAUGCGAUGGUUAUACAAACAGUAUCUACACCAUCUCUGUGGGAAGCACCACCCAGAGCGGACGCAAGCCCUGGUAUCUGGAGGAGUGUUCCUCCACUUUGGCCUCCACCUACAGCAGCGGCGAAAGCCUCGGGAUUGUGACAACAGACCUGAAACAGCGAUGUACUGAUGAGCAUUCCGGCACCUCGGCUUCAGCCCCCAUUGCUGCUGGAAUCAUCGCUCUGGCUUUGGAGGCAAAUCCUUUGCUGACCUGGAGAGAUGUGCAGCACAUCAUCGUGAAGACGUCGCGCCGAGGCCACCUGAUUGCUCCUGACUGGCACACCAAUGGAGCAGGAAAUGAUGUGAGCCACCUGUAUGGAUUCGGCUUGAUGGAUGCUGAGGCGAUGGUGAAAGAGGCUGAGAUGUGGCGACACGUUCCCACACAACACGUGUGUGACGAGAAGAUCGUUCACAAACCGAGAGUGAUCAGUCCAGACCGGGUGUGGCAGUUGGUGCACAAGUCUUUUGGUUGCUUUGGUCAGCUUGGCAGGCACGUGACGUAUCUGGAACACGUAAUCCUACGCAUCACUAUCACACACCCACACCGUGGAGACCUGUCCAUAACCUUAACCUCUCCCUCUGGGACUAAAUCUCAGCUCCUCGCCAUCCGACCCAAUGACCACUCCACUGACGCCUUUACGAAGUGGGAGUUCAUGACUACACACUGCUGGGGUGAAAGAGCAGCUGGAGACUGGAUCCUAGAAAUCAGAGACACGCCGUCCAUGAGAAGGAACGCCCGAGUACAUGGGAAUCUUGUAGAAUGCAGUCUGGUGCUUUACGGCACCUCAGAGCAUCCAUACAAACGGCAUGAACAGCCCCGGUCAGCGAAGAUGUCCAACGAUGAUGACACUGAAGAAUAUAAUAGCCCUUGUGAUCCAGAAUGCAGCGAGGACGGCUGUGAGGGACCCGGUCCACAUCAGUGCAUUUCCUGCUUGCACUAUUACUUAAAAUUCAAGAACGGCACCAGGACGUGCAUGUCCCAGUGUCCACAGGGCUUCUGGGGGGACAGGAAGCGGUGCAAGAAGUGCUACUCAACCUGCAUGACAUGUACAGGAAGCCGUGGGGAUCAAUGUUCUUCCUGUAAGCCUGGCUACUAUCUGGACCAGGAGACAAAUCAAUGUGUGACCAGCUGUGGAGACGGAUAUUACCUUGAUCACGAAGAGAACGUGUGCUGGAAAUGCAGCGACAACUGUAGGAAAUGUAUGUCGUUCAGUAUCUGCACUGAAUGCCCAGAAGGCACAAGCCUGGUGGGAAACAGAUGCAAGAAGAGCUGUGAGACUGGAACCUUCUAUCAAGAACAGAGGGAUUCCUGUGAACCCUGUCACUCAGCCUGUGCCACCUGCUCAGCUGCAGGUUUCGAGUCGUGCACCCGCUGUGCUGAUGGGUAUGUGAUGGAAGAAUGGAAGUGUGUGUCCUCCUGCAGUCAGGGAUUUUAUCCCACACAAACCCCUUCUGACAUCACAGGACAAACUCAGGUCUAUUGCAAGAGGUGUGAUGUGAGCUGUCUAGCCUGUACAGGGCCUGGCAAAAGGAACUGCAGCGAGUGUGUGGAAGGACUCAUGCUGCAGGAUGGCAUGUGCCUGCUGACUCAUAACUGUGCUGAUGGUGAGUACCAGGAUGACCAUGGGAAUUGCCACGCAUGCGACAGCACUUGUCUUAAGUGCAAAGGGCCAAAGAAUGAUGACUGCGUUUGGUGCGCGUCCCCCCGCUUGUUGGAUGAGGGCCAGUGUGUGGUGCGCUGCUCGGAGGGUAAAUACCCUUCCAGCGGAGAGUGCCAUGUGUGUGAUCACACCUGUGCUCAAUGUGUGGAUGCUGGUCCUUUUGACUGCACCAGCUGUGACAAAGACAGGUUUGGACAGGAUCGGUACCUGUACGACGGGGAGUGUGUGACCACAUGUCCUGCAGCUCAUUUCCACACUACAGUGAAGACGUGUGAACCGUGUCCAGAGCACUGCAGUCUUUGCUCCUCUGCCACACACUGCCUAAAGUGCAACAGUUCCUAUUACCUCAGCCAAGGAACGUGCAUGUCCCUCGAGUGUGGAGAGGGUGAGGUCGAGGACCCAGAGUAUGAUGACUGCAUGGCCUGUGAAGAAGGAUGCAAGAAAUGUGUGCUCUAUAAUCCUAAACACUGCCUAUCCUGCUCUGAUGGCUAUUACAAGUAUGAGGAGGGCUGCUAUAAGCUGUGUCCUGCUAAGACCUACUCCGUGGAGGAAACAAUGACCUGUGUGGCCUGUGAACGUGACUGUGUCAGCUGUGAUGAAGACGAGUGCCACUGGUGUGAGGCGGACUUCUUUCUGUCUGAUGGAAAGUGUGUGCGUGAGUGUCCGGACGGAUUUUAUGGUGACGAGGACUCUCAGGAGUGUGAGGAGUGUUAUACAGGCUGCAAGACCUGCACUGGACCAGAGAAGGACGAGUGUCUUAGAUGCCAUGAAGGUCUGGUAAUGGAGAACGGAGAGUGUGAAGCGGAACAAGAGACGUGUCCUGAUAAAACGUACCUCACCGAUGAAGGAGAAUGUGAGGCAUGCCAUCCCUCGUGUGCAGUGUGCUGGGGUCGACUAAAGAAUCAGUGCACCAGCUGCAUCACAGGACGUUAUUUGAGUUCUGAGCAGCAGUGUGUGACGCGGUGUCCACCUGGAAGUUUUGGCAGUAAGGAGAGCUGGCAGUGUGAGGCGUGUCCUCAGGGUUGCGCCCAGUGCCUAGAUGAGCAACGCUGCACUCGCUGCUUGUCUACACGCAAGAGCGCCCUCUACCUCCAGAAUGGACAGUGUGUGCGCCAGUGCUCCAGAGGCUACUACCCUGCAGGAGCAGUGUGUAAGAGCUGUGCACCAGGUUGUGCAUCGUGUGAGCAAAGUGCCACAAACUGUCUCAUCUGUCAGCAGCCUUUAGUACUCCACAAACACCAAUGUGUGAAAGAGUGUCCCCAUGCACACACACUCCGUGGGGGUGAGUGUAUACCCUGCCCAGAGGGGUGUCUCCGGUGUGAUGAGGAAGGCCAAUGCACAAAGUGUGAGGAGAACUUUCUGCAUGAGGCAAGGUGUGUGUUUGCAUGUCCUGGAGGCUUUUAUGAGAAUAUGGACGAAGGUGUGUGUGCGCGUUGUCACUCAGACUGUGAGCGCUGUCAUGGCCCGGGUUCUGACGACUGUGAUUCCUGCACCGAUCCUGACAGCACCGUGCACAGCGGGACAUGUGUGUCAGCGUGUCCCCUACAAACGUACAGAGACAGCAGGUCUGGGGAGUGCAUGGUGUGUCACAGCACCUGUCAGACCUGCACUGGUCCACUGGAUACGGACUGUACCAGUUGCCCAGAGGGCCUGAAAACAGACAUCCAUGGACGCUGUGCUACACCCACCAGCUGCCCUUCACACCACUACAGCGACCGUGAUGGCGCAUGCCACCUCUGUCACAAACACUGCCAUCAGUGCUCCGGCCCGGACCACAACCAGUGCCUCAGCUGUUCCCUGAACCACUACCUGCUGAACGGUUCGUGCAUGAACGAGUGUCCCAUGGGUUUCUUUAGAGGAGAGACUCAGAAAUGUGAGCCGUGCCAUCCUAACUGUAUGAGCUGUAUCGGGCGCCACAGCCAUGAGUGCCUGAGCUGCAGAACUCAUCUGUAUCGAGAGGGCAAGGAGUGUGUGGAGAUCUGCAGGCCCGGUCACUAUGCAGACAAAGAGUUGAGGGUGUGUGAGCAGUGCGAGCCGACCUGUGCGGAGUGUACACAAGCCGAGAGGUGUGUGAGCUGCAGAGAAGGCCUGCUGUUUGUAAAGAAGCAGGGCUGGUGUGUGUCCUCAUGUCCAUCUCAAUACUACCAUGACACAAUCCACAGCACCUGUGAGCCCUGCCACGCCACCUGCAGGACAUGCACAGGUAAAGGGGUUAAGGACUGCAGCUCAUGUUAUCCAGGAGACUCACUCUCAGAGGGUACCUGUGAUUCGCUCUGUGCCAUGGGGGAGUACUACGUGUCUGAGCCGGAGCAGUAUUAUAAUUGUAAACCCUGUGACCAGUCAUGUUUGGCGUGUCGGGGACCUGGUCCAGACAAUUGCACCAUGUGCCAUGCACAGUUCAUCCUUGCCACUGGUGGGCGCUGUCUGCCUUGCUGUAGGAACCAGGAUGCAGAAGAGAAAGACACCAUGGCAGAGCAAGAGGAGUGCUGUAACUGUACACAGACCAGGGGUGAGUGUGUCCUCAGCACAAACUUUGCCUUCCGCAACCAUAUGGAACCGGAGCACUCAGGCAACAUGUUCAUCUUCAUCACCACCUCCAUCCUGCUGCUGCUGGGUCUCUGCGGUGCAGUCGUGCUCAUCGCACGCUCCUUCUCCAAACGGCCGAGCCCUGAAACCGCUGUUGCUCGUGGUUAUGAAAAACUAGGCAACAGCGGUGGACGGGACAUUUUCCGUGGAGGUACAACAUCAACAUCAUCAUCCAGGCACGCAGGAGGGUCUGGGUCUGGUUACGGGUAUUUACACGAGGAGCAGCUGGUGGACCUGCAUGACAGGCAGCCAGAUCAGAAUGAUGACGACGACGAUGAUGAGGAUGAGGAUAUCGUGUACAUGGGGCAGGAUGGUACGGUGUACCGCAAGUUCCGCUACGGGCAGCUGGGCGAGGACCAGGACGAUCAACUGGAGUAUGAUGAUGAGAGCUAUCAUUUCAAAUAAUCAAUCGCUCAAGACAAGUAAAAUAAAACAGUCCAGGAGACAGAGACAAUAAAACUAUAAAGUUCUGUGGAUUAUUUGAGUUGUGCUUGGCUGUGUAGCUUAAAAUGACUUAUUGAGUGUAUUUAAUGAUGUGUCUCAACGCAUUUCACUGAAUCAGGUAACGAUGAGUUUGUACAGUUUAC